AUUAUCUGGAUGGAAACGUGGACCUAAAAUCGAAUCGGAAUGUGGCUGAAAAACGGCUGUAUGGUAUUGAACGAAGGUUGGAAAAGGAUCCUGAGUUGGCUGCAACGUAUCAAGACCAGAUAUCCGAGCUCCUGGAGACUGGGAGAGCAGAGUUGGUUGGGAAAGAAGAUACUAAGAAUCCCGUGUGGUAUUUGCCCCACCACCCAGUGGUCAAAGCGGACAGGGUCACUACAAAGUGCAGGAUAGUGUUUGAUGGGUCAGCAAAAGGGCCAAAGUAUCAGAAUGAAGAGAUGUUCUGGAUAAACCGCGUUCAGCGCAAGGCAUUUCCUGAAGAAAUGAGACUAUUGGAAGCUGGAAAACCGGUUUCAAAGACUAGCAGAUUGUUGCCGUUGUCGCCCGUGUGGGAUGAAAAGAGAGUAACAGAGGCGCCACCGUUUUUGUAUGUGGGAACUGACUUUGCCGGUCCACUUUACGUAAAGACAUCCAGAGGCGAUGACACAAAGAAAGUCUACAUUGUAAUAUUUACUUGUAUGACAACAAGAGCUGUACAUCUUGAGCUGGUUGAGAACAUGUCAGCUGGGGAGUUCUUACAGGCGUUUGAAAGGAUGACAAAUAGGCGAGGAAAAUAUGGUGUCCUGUACUCAGAUAAUGCGAAGUCAUUCAAGAGGGCAGCUAAUGUGCUGGAGUUAUUGUACAAAGCCAAGAAGGACAAGCAAAAGAUCCAGGAUUGCUUGCGGCAUAAUGGAACAGAGUGGAAGUUCAUUACAGAAAAGGCUCCAUGGCAAGGAGGUUUCUAUGAACGGCUUAUACGAAGCAUUAAGAUUCCACUACGAAAGUUUCUGGGAAAAGCACAAUUGACGUUUAUUGAGCUAGUGACUGUUUUAACUGACGUGGAAGCUCAGUUAAAUUCAAGACCAUUGACGAUGGUAUCCGCUGAUAAGGAAGACCCGUUGCCAUUCACGCCAGGUCACCUGCUGAUUGGACGAAACUUGCAAGUUAUGCCAGAUCUUGAUGCAAGAACAAGGGAUUCCAGUAUUGGAAAAAAGAUGGCAAUUUCGUCAGCGUAUCAGCAAGUUAUUCUGGAACAGAUGGCAAAAUGA